AUGGCAGCAAAGUCGAAAAGGUUACUGAAAGUUAUAGAUGGAAUACGUUCUUGGAAUAUUAGCUCGUCUCAACCAAAUUCGUCACCAAAGUCAGCCAUUGAAAUCGACGAGUAUUUAAAGAGUGAACAUUUCCAAGUUGGAAAGAUCUCUGUGCAUGGUUUUCCUCACCAACCGACUUGCAUCGCUUUUGAUCCCGUUCAACGAAUUGUUGCUGUUGGAACGAAGUGUGGGUUCAUCAGGAUUUUCGGAAGACCAGGUGUAGACUGUAGCAUCUCUCAUCCCUCAGCAUCUGCUGUCCUUCAAAUAUUCUUUCUCGUCAACGAGGGUGGAUUGGUUUCCAUUUGUGGUGAUGACGUUGCACACUUGUGGAACAUAAGACAAAAGAAUCCAGAAAUAGUACACUCUUUACAGUUCAAACGUGAACAUUUGACCUGCGGUCAUCUUCCUGUUGGCAGCAGUUGGCUCUAUUUGGGUACUGAUAAGGGCAACGUGAAUUUCAUAAGUGUUCAACGGUUUACUACAUCGGGCUAUGUGAUUAAUUGGAACAAGGCCAUCGAUCUAUCUCAGUCGUCGCAUCCGGGGAAAGUUAUUCAGAUAGCUGAGAAUCCUCAAGAUACUAACAAGAUUCUUAUUGGUUAUUCUUCGGGAUUUCUUGUAUUAUGGGAUCUAAAAACCAAACAGGGUGAUGCUCGUUUCAAACAUACAGAUAGUUUGUAUAGUGUAGUCUGGCACUGGGAUGGAAAAAGUUUCCUUACUUCGCAUAAUAAUGGUUUACUUGCAACUUGGUUAAUUCGCCAACCACAACGUCCAGUUUCUGUGAUCUGCCCACAUGCCCCUGGUGAAGCGGUUCCAGAUGACUAUAUAUUUUACGAACCGAUACGUUUGGUAGAAUGGCUGCCUACUAGAAAUGGCGAACCAUUCAUUAUCUUUUCUGGUGGUGGCCGUUCUCCUGGAGCUCAAACUGUCAUUCAUUCAUCAGUAGCUACUACUAAUGUCUCCUCGACGUCGUUACCUAAUUCAGAUUCAUCUGAAAAUGACCCAAAUUUAUCAUCAUCAUCAUCAUGUAUGAUUUCUAGUAAUCAUAUGUUGACUAUCAAAAGAGGCAAAAAGUUGGUUGUUUUACAAUUGGAUCAUAAACUUGUUCAAUUUACAACUCUUUGUAUGUCUCCUUACACAAGUGAGACAAUGGAUCCUUAUGCAGUUGCCAUAUUAUUACAAGAAGAUCUUGUUGUUAUUGAUCUUUUAUCUACAAACUUCGCAACAUUUGAAAACCCAUAUCCAAUGGAUUUGCAUAGUUCUCCUGUCACCAGCUGUUUAUAUUUAGUUGAUUGUCCUGGAGACUUGAUACCUGCUUUCUAUUCUGUUAGCAGUCGUCGGAAUCGUACUCAAAGUGGCACGUGUGCUGAACCUGAUGUGUUCAGCAGUCGCGAAUGGCCUAUUACUGGAGGAGAAUGGCGAUUAAGUAAUCAACAAGUUCCUGAAUUAAUCAUAACGGGACAUGCUGAUGGAUCUGUUCGAUUUUGGGAUGCAUCCGAAGUUUCGUUGACGCCACUCUAUAAGUUUCGUACUUCGAAGUUGUUUGCAAACCCAUCAACUAGUACAUCUAAUCCUGUUGAAACAGGCAGUACCUCACUUUCUGAUGCAAAAGAUAUCAAUGCUCAAUACUCUUCGAUUUUGUUAGCAACUGAAAGCGAUCCUCUUGCCAUACAUUUUAUGCAUUUCUGCUCGGAUUCCCGUAAACUGUUAACUGCAAGCAGUUACCAUACUUGUUUAUUACACUUCAGUCGUCGAGAAAUAAAUCUUGAAACUGCAGUUAUGGAUAUCAAUAUGGCUUAUGAUGGAUUAGAUGAUAUUGGUUUCGCCUAUUCAACUGGUGAUACUUUCUCUGAUGAUCAUUUGAAUACUGCUGAAAAUUUAUCCGGUAACGUGACUAAGGAUACUGUCCAACAGUCAUUACCUCAUGUAUCCAGUGGGAGUGUUAGCUCUUAUCAAUCUGCAUCUCCAACAGAAAGGGAUUUACGCGUAUUCGUUCCAGUACGUCAAGGUAGCCAUCAUUGGCCUCCUGGCUACCAACCACUUCUUGUUUGUCGUGUAGGCAUACUUGGACUAAGCUUUGAGUCAAAUAUAAAGUCAAGUACCGAUCCUACAGCUUCCUGUCUCAUCCCUCCGCCAUCUAUUACAGCUAUUAGUAUGAGUUCAGCUUUUAGUUUAAUGGCUAUCGGAAGCGAAUUCGGCAUUGCUGUUGUGGAUUAUGUUCACAAGAUUUGCUUGCUGUCUAUUUCAUCUUCUGACUUAUUAAGUCGUGGUCCUAUCAAUCUAACUGGGUCGUCUGCUUCGGGUGAAGUGAAAUUCUGUGAUCAGAGCUUCUAUUCAGGACCAAUCAUAUUCUCUGGAAAUAUAUCUUCUUCGAUACUUGAUCAGUCUUUUAGCAACAAUCCUAUGGAAGAUUCAGUGUCAUAUCUAGUUUCAGGGGCAUUCACCUCAAUUUAUCAUCGUAAUGAUUUCACUGAUACUCACAAGAAACGCCAAUCAAGAAUAGAUAUUUUCCAAAGUACCCAAAAAUGUUUGUUAUCAAAAGCAAAUAGUUCUAUUGAUAAACGUCAUCGAAUAAUUACAAAGUAUUAUUAUACAGAUGUUAAAGUUAAUAAUUCACUACUAAAAAAUAAUAGUUCAGCUGGCUCAACUUCGUUGGCUAAUACAUGCAUUAUAAACAAUCAGACAGCUUUGAAAAACGUCCACUCAAAUUCAGAUGCUGCACAAUCGAGUGAGUCAUCUAGUACCGGUUAUACAACACGCUAUGUAUUAUCAAGAACUACAACUGUCAAAAGUGAAUUGAAACGUGCCAAGUCCCAAGAAAAGUGCUCCGAUCUUUCACAGUUUUCACAUCCGGGAAGUUUAACCGCAAGUUCUAGCUCACUAGAUAAUCUAAACUGUGAGACAAUUAAAACAAUUUUAUUCAGUGAAUGGAUAUCCCCUAAACAAGACUUACAUUUUGUCCCAAAUCUCUGGAUCGGGACAUCUCGUGGAUGUGUCCUUGCUUUGAAUCUAAAGUAUCGAGUAUUGAAUAAUGUCCCAAUCAAUCACUCAUAUUGUAUUGCUUCUUUGUAUCGUUUACGUGGAGAUAUUAUUCACAUUAGCCUGUUGGAUAAUACCGGUGAUAUUUUACCGAGUCCUUCUGAGCGUUGGGAUGAUUCAUUUAUUUUCAAAGGUGGUGCUGCCUCUGAACUUUCGAAACAAGCAUCUCUUAUAUCUUGUUCAUCCAUAUGUUCUGAAGGAACUUCUAUGUAUACUAAUGCUGACGCAUAUAGUUCAACUGAUACUGGUUUCAAGUCUUGUGGUGGUGGUGGUGGCAGUGUUCGAGCAUUGAAAGAGUCAGUUAUUCGACAAAAUACAGUCACCACACAUACGUCUUCAACAUCAACAUCGGGUCACUCUAGUACUAUACUAUCCAAUACUAUGAGCGGUGGUGUCAGUACAUUUCAGUCAAGUGGUACAACUGGACUUGAUUCUCCUACAACAUCCAAAGGUUUUAUCGAGUGUGACCGACAGCUGGUUGUCCUUUGUUCAGAAAAGCAAGCUCGAGUAGUUGCACUUCCUUCACAAAAUUGUCUUUAUAAGGUAAAAAUAACUGAAACAAGUCAAGUGGUACGUGCUUCCGUACAACGUUUGAGACCAUCGCAUAAUAGCGGAACAUCAACGGCUAGUUUCCUCGCAUGUUAUCUUGCAAAUGGACAUUUUGUUGCCUUCUCAUUACCGAGUUUACGUUUACUAAUGGAUGUGGAUUAUUUACCGUAUACAGAAUGUGUAAGCCGUUCGUUUGCAUUUGGUCAGUAUGGUCAAUCUGUGUAUUUGGUGUCGCCCUCAGAAUUAACUAAAAUCACCUGGGCAUCAGAUGUUUGUGCGAAUUUACGUGAUAUGCAAGGUGAGAUAUUUCUACCAAGUAAUAUGCCAGAACCUCCUAAGAAAAACUUUUUCAAAAAUUUGUUAAGUGGAACUUUGGUAUCUUCAUUAGAUCGAGAUGAAUUGUUUGGUGAAGCAAGUUCGGGGAAGGGGACACCUGGCGCUACUACUCUGCUACCAAAUGCUCGUUUGGAAAAGUUAUCUGGUCAAACUGGUGCUGCCUCUUCUGAAAUUGCACGAGCUAGAAAUGCUGCUAUCGAACGUGGUGAGCGGUUACAGCAAUUAGACCUACAAACGCAAGAGAUGGCUGAUCAAGCUAAAGGUUUUGGUCGUUCUGCUGCUAUUCUCGCUGCCAAAUACGAGAAAAAGGACAAACGCUGGGGUUUGCCAUUCUAA